AUGGCAGACCCACGAUUGAACCGCGUCGAAGGCACCUUGACCUCCCUCCUUGAAAGCCUCGUUCCAGCCCUUUCCCCCGACCAAGACGACACUGAUACCGAGUUUCGCGUUGAGCGCGCUAUUCAGAAUGCAAAAGAGACUGUUUUCGAUGCCGAUGGCAGACUGCCCCCGGAUACCAACCAGGCACAAGAUUUGAUCAAGCGGAAGUUGCUGCGAGAGAAUGCCUCUCCAGAGAAAGCCGCGAGGUUCAGCAAUCUUUAUUCCAGACUUCUCGCUAUUCCAGUACUCAACCAGAAAUGGGCUAUCUUGUACCUUCUCUACAAACUGUCGGAUAAGUCCAUCCCUGAUGUGCGUCCUCGAAACCCACUCGCAGACUCGGAGCAACUCGCAAACAUUCCGCGGCGACACACCUUGUCCCCAGAGACUACAUUUACGGCGGAGGAAGAGCUAGAAGAUGACGAGGAAGAACCGCAGCCACCGAAGGUGUCGAUUCGCACACGCCGUGCUUUUUCAGCCAGAUCCAGAAAGCCCAGUGAGCAAGUCGAAAUUUCUGCGGAGGAGAAUCAGCCACAGACUCAAGAACCAAAGGAAGAAAAACCCGUUGCGCAGAAGCAGGAGCCGCGAGUCUUUUAUCCUUCGGAAUUGGAUCUUCUGCGUGAUUUGCCUUUCAAUCUGCAAGGCGUGUCUUCUGCGCACCUACAAUUCACAGACAAUGGCUCGCUCAAAUUGCCGCCCAGCCUGCCGGUUCCGAUCCUUUCACUCCUCCAUGCCCUUGCAGAGCCUUGUCUGCUCUACCGGGGAUUGGCGGAAUAUGCUGCAGGUCAGGAUGGAGGCCUCAUUGACCAGAGCCUUCGUUCCGCCAUCAACAUCGAACUCCGCUCAUAUUUGAGCCUUGUCGCUUCGCUCGAGACGGAGGUUCGACAAGCUUUGGCCACUGUCCAGAACGCGCAUGACCCCAAAGCGGUUCGCCUGACUGGCGUCACGCUGAAGCGAUGUUUGAUCUGGACAAGAGAAGCCACGCUGGCCCUUCGACUUAUGAAAUUGAUUGUCGAGGACUCGAAGCAAAAGCGAGGUGGACAACUGUUAUCUCUGAUACACAGCUUGUCCUCGUCCCACGGCGACCCCUUCGUGGCAUCAUUUGCGGAAAAGCUUCUGACCCAUGUUGCACGCCCAUUCUACGAGAUGCUGAGGCAUUGGAUCUAUGACGGCGAAUUGAUUGAUCCAUAUCACGAGUUCUUCAUAACAGAGCCGGAUCCUACUGCGCAGCCUCCGGUCGAUCAUCGACACGUAGCAACUUCUGUGUGGGAAGAGAAGUACAAGCUCGACUCGGGAAUGGUCCCCUCAAUCAUAUCCUACGAGUUUUCCAGAAAAGUGUUCCUGAUCGGAAAAUCUCUUAACUUCAUCCGUAACAAUUGCGGAGACUCUGACUGGGUCAUCAAAUAUUCCAAAUCAAAUUCGAGGUCGCUGGACUAUGCAAAUACUGCCAAUCUCGCGCAGUCAAUCGAUGUGGCUUACCGAACGACAAUGUCCCGGUUGACUCAUCUGAUGUCGACGAAAUUUGGCUUAUUUACUCACUUGACGGCGAUCAAGAAGUAUAUGUUGCUGGCCCAAGGCGACUUUUUCGAUCUUCUCAUCGAGUCAUUAGCUCAGCAUCUUGAUCGUCCGGUGAAUUCAAUGUACCGGCACAAUCUAACAUCACAACUCGAACAUGCCAUACGACAUUCUAACGCCCAAUAUGACGACGCUGAAGUGCUGCGACGACUGGAUGCACGAAUGCUGGAAUUGUCGAGCGGGGAGAUCGGUUGGGAUUGUUUCACCCUUGAAUACAAAAUCAGUGCUCCCUGUGAUGUUGUCAUCACUCAAUGGGCUAAUACGCAGUAUCUCAAGAUAUUUAACCUGCUCUGGAGGAUUAAAAGAGUCGAGUAUUCUCUCAGCUCGACCUGCAAACGAUGCAUGACGGGCGGCCGAGGAGUCCUUGCUGCGGUUAGUGACAAGUUGGGCAACGAUUGGAAGCGGUUAAGAUGUGUGGUUGCAGAGAUGGUUCAUUUUGUCAAUCAGCUGCAAUAUUAUCUUCUGUUUGAAGUCAUCGAGGCCAGUUGGAAAAAGCUCGAAGAGGCUCUGCACAAGCCCGAAGCUACCCUGGACGACUUGAUCGAAGCUCACACAAAUUACCUGAACAACAUUACGAAAAAGGGUCUCAUUGGGCAGCAGAGGCACCCGGUAACAGGCCAGCAAGAGGAUAGCCUUAUUGUCCAAGUCCACCACAUCCUAAAAUGCAUGCUGGCCUAUCGAGAAGUCAUCGACUCGCUCUACUCGUACAGUGUUGCGGAGUACACUCGGCGUCAACAAUUUAGUGCGAAGAUUGAGCGACGAACUGCUCAAGGGAAAUGGGGUAUCACCGAGAAGGAUCUCCUCGGCGAUUCGAGGGCAAGCACACCCACUUCUGUGGCAGCCGCAGGAGCUUUUAGGAGGAAUCAAUUGCUUCUGGAAGAAAAUGAUUCUUCGCUUGCUCCGCCAAAUGAGAAUAUACACAUUACGGACGAUGAGACCCAUCUGAAUUCCCUGAGGACACGACAAUUGAAUCUAUCGGCCGACUUCCGAUCGCGGCUCUGCAUGUUGUUGUAUGACUUGGCCCACCAACCCGAUGUGGAUCUGAGGUUUUUGGGCGUUGUCAUGAAUUUCAACGAGGUUUACCAGCCCGUCAACAUCCGACGGCAACAGGCUAGACGCGCUCGAGAGAAGCGAGAACUAGAGCGGAAGGCUCGUGAAGCCACUGUCUCUUCCGAAGGCAACAUCUCUCUAGAAAAGGACUUGAACAGCUCGGCGUCGAAAUCGUGA